AAAAAACUGAAAUUUCUUAGAGAAAAUCACAUAAUUAAAUAAAAAUCAUUUAAAAUAUUACAAAACAGUGUUUAUGUCAUAUAGUAAUAAAUAAAAACUAAAUAAAACAAUAAGAAUAAAAGUUUUAAAAGAAUUUUAUGAAAUUAAAACAGCCUGUAACCACAAAUGUUAACACGAUUAACUACGACAACCAUUACAAAAAUACGACGAAAAUAGAAAUAUAACAAAAAUUAAAAAAUAAGAAAACUGUUUUUUAGCAGCAAGAAAUUAAAGAAAAUGUUUAAAUUAAUAAAUUAUUCAAUAAUAUAGCUGAAUAAUACAUACAACAUAAUAAAUAGAUUACAAAAGUAAUUUAUUUAUUAAUUAAAAUAGAACAUUUUUAAAGAAAAAAUUAAAACGCUGCUUUUGUUUUCAAAGCAGCGACGUAGACGUUUUAUACAAAAAAAGUGACAACAACAUAAUACCACCACCAUAAAUAAAGAAAAAAAAAACAAUACAAACUCAACAACAACAAAAACCAUUUGGUCAUAUGAAACGUCAGCGUAGAACAGAUGCUGCUGCUUUAGUAUAAAAAAAGAAGAAAAUUCGUCUGUCAUCUCUACAAACGUGUUUAAACAAUAACAUUACUUUUUUCAAUGUAAAAGCACAAUAAGACUUUACAAUUAGUUAACAAGAGUUUCGUUUCACAUUUUGUUUUAAUAAUUACUACGCCAACAUCAUCAACAACAACAACAACAACAACACCUAAAACAACAAUAAUUACAAUAACGGUUUUAAUAACUGCCAAUAACUAUUAGAGGAAUACAUUAAACGAAUGCCCCAAUAGUAAGUUUUUAUAUAAAUUAUUAACAAAAAAAACUAAAAUAAUAAUAAAAACACAGGGACAAUUUUCUAAAACUACAAAAUACCAAAGUCCAAUGUCUAAUAAAAUAAAUCCUAAACGACGUGAAACACCAACUGGUACUGCUACAGGCAAUUCAAGUACUAGCAAUACAUCAGCCAAUACAUCAUCAUCGUCUAGUUCAUCAUUGUCGUCCGCCGGUGGCGGUGAUGUCGGUAUGUCGACCGAUCUAACAUCAUUAUUUGAAUGCCCGGUGUGCUUUGACUAUGUUCUGCCACCCAUAUUACAAUGCUCCAGCGGUCAUUUGGUCUGUGUCUCGUGCCGUUCCAAGCUUACCUGCUGUCCCACAUGUCGUGGACCACUCGCCAAUAUACGCAAUUUGGCCAUGGAGAAAGUGGCCUCGAAUGUCAAAUUUCCCUGCAAACAUUCGGGCUAUGGUUGUACCGCCUCAUUGCUCUACACGGAGAAAACAGAACAUGAAGAGACCUGCGAAUGUCGACCGUAUUUGUGCCCUUGUCCAGGUGCCUCCUGCAAAUGGCAGGGACCUCUCGAUCUAGUCAUGCAACAUUUAAUGAUGUCACACAAGAGUAUAACAACACUACAGGGGGAGGAUAUAGUAUUCUUAGCCACAGAUAUUAAUUUGCCCGGUGCCGUGGAUUGGGUUAUGAUGCAGUCAUGUUUCGGUCAUCAUUUUAUGUUGGUGCUAGAGAAACAAGAGAAAUAUGAUGGUCAUCAGCAAUUCUUUGCCAUUGUUCAGUUAAUAGGCUCACGCAAAGAGGCCGAGAAUUUUGUUUAUCGUUUGGAAUUGAAUGGCAAUCGACGACGUUUAACCUGGGAAGCAAUGCCUCGUUCCAUACAUGAAGGUGUGGCCUCAGCCAUACACAAUUCUGACUGUCUGGUCUUUGACACCUCGAUUGCCCAACUAUUUGCCGAUAAUGGUAAUUUAGGCAUCAAUGUUACCAUUUCAAUUGUAUAAUAACAACAACCACAACAAUAUUAAAAGUGAUUAAGGAAGAAUUUAAUUUAAUAAAUCAUCCAAAAAAAAUUGGAGAGAGAUAAAUGAGAAGUAUAUAUAAAUAUAAAUAUAAAUUAUAAAAUAAAAUUAUAAUAAUGGAAAAAGAAUAUAUAUUUAAUUAAAUAACAUGCUUGGCUCAUGGUCUAUAUGUGUAUGUAUAAGAAGACACAAAUACAUGCAUAUACAUAAUAACUUACAGCAUAUAAUAUACAAAAUUAUGUAAAAGUUUAUUAAUGAAAGAAAACAAUCAUCAAUUUAAUUUUUCUUUCUAGAAGUUCAAUAAUAAUUUUUAUG